GAUACAUCAGAAAGAAGGUUUGAAUCCCAAAAUAAAUGAAUUACGACACUGUGAACAGUUUUCUGUUUUCUGGCAGCACCUGAAUGCACCAUGUGGCUCCUCCCACUUCCGUUGAGAAACCGCUAUCUGUCAUUAAAAACAUCCCAGGAUAAAAUCAGCUGUUCGGACCUUCAUCCUCCGCCUGAGACCUUCCUCUGCGGCAGCAUGCCCGGGCACAGGUAGCCUUCCCCCGGGCUGAGGUAGCCUUCCCCCGGGCUGAGGUAGCCUUCCUCCGGGCUGAGGUAGCCUUCCUCCGGGCUGCUGCAGCAGCUCCGGAGCGGACAGAUGGAGAGGCCGAGCAGGCUGCUGCUGCUGUCCGAACUCAGAGUCAGAAACGCGGCGUACGAGGUGAGCCUGAGCCGGUCCCUGCUCACCUGGAAGAGACGCGUCUCCAGCCCGGUGUACCACCCGUUCAGACCCAGUGUGUGUCACAGUGUGUUGGUGUCAGAGAUCAUCUCAGUCAGAGAGGAAGAGGAGGGGCUCAGCAGCAAACAAAAGGACGAUGGCAGCUGGAAGAAGAUCAAAGAGAGAGAGGGAAAGGACUGCAGGCGGACCUUCACAGUGUUGUAUGUGCAGAGGUCUCGGCAGCACCGCUGGCGGUGUGCUGAAGUCACCUUCUCGUGUCCAGAGGAGGCGCUGUGUCAACACUGGGUCAGCUGCAUCAGAGAGCAGCUCGCCUCCAUCGUUAGCAGACCCAAACACCUGCUGGUCUACAUCAACCCUUUCGGCGGGAAGCAACGAGGCAAACACAUCUACGAGCAGAAGGUGGCGCCACUGUUCGCUCAGGCUGGCGUCUCUGCACACGUCAUCGUGACGGAGUACGCCAACCAUGCGAGGGAUCACCUGCGGGCCGAGGCGGAGCUGAAGACGUUUGACGGGGUGGUGUGUGUGGGAGGAGACGGCAUGUUCAGCGAGAUCAUCCACGGACUGAUCUGGAGGACGCAGCUGGACGGAGGCGUCGAUCCAAACUGUCCGGAGGAAACGCUGCUGCCCUGCUCGCUGCGCAUCGGGAUCAUUCCUGCUGGAUCAACAGACUGUAUCUGCUUCGCCACCGUGGGAACCAACGACCCCGUCACCUCUGCCCUGCACAUCAUCGUGGGAGACUCUCAGCCGAUGGACGUUUGCUCGGUCCACCACAACAACACAUUUCUGCGAUACUCCGUCUCCCUGCUCGGAUACGGUUUCUAUGGCGACGUGCUGACGGACAGCGAGAGGAAGAGAUGGAUGGGACCGGCCAGAUACGACCUUUCAGGUCUGAAGAUGUUCCUGACUCAUCAUUACUAUGAAGGAACAGUGUCCUACCUGCCAGCCAGAGACAUCGUGGGAACGCCUCGAGAUGCCGCCAGGUGUCGAUCAGGCUGCUUGGUUUGUCAGCACAGCGGGAAACUACUUUCAGAGCGAGCUGAGAGGUACGAGACGGAUGAAGUGUCCAAAAGCGAAAGUGACGGUGAGUGGAAGACGAUCCGAGGGAAGUUCCUGGCUAUAAACGCUGCCAGUAUGAGCUGUGCUUGUCCUCGCAGCCCCAAAGGCCUCUCACCUGCCGCUCACCUGGCCGACGGCACCACUGACCUCAUCCUGGUUCGAAAAUGUUCCCGCUUUGAUUUCCUCAGACACCUCCUCCGACACACCAGCAAAGAUGACCAGUUUGACCUGACGUUUGUCGAGGUCCAACGGGUGCGACGUUUCCGCUUCGUGCCUCGCCACUGCCAGAGCGACUCGGACCUGGAGCUAGACCUGCACGAGAACGGCAAACGCCAGAUCUUCAGCCAGAUCUGCAGAGACCACCCGGCCUGCAGCUGCAGUCCCGCCUACAGCAGCUGGAACUGCGACGGCGAGAUCCUGACCCACACGGCCAUCGACGUCAGAGCUCACUGCCAGUUGAUCAACCUGUUUGCACGAGGGAUCGAAGAAUCUGCCGUGUUUGAGGAUCUCACCAACCCCUGUGCAAUAUAAACCGCCGUUUCUCCCUGUCACACACUGGAGUCACGUCUCAUCUACUCCAAAAUCUUCAGCACUACUUUCUGGACCUGAAAGUCCAAAAUGAUUUCCUCACAGACAGGAAGUGAUGUGUAGUUUCCUGCAAAGCUGCGACUAACGAUCAUGUGCAUUAUCGAUUCAUCAAUUUGUUUUUUUUGUCCUUAAAAUGUCAGAAAAUGGUGAAAAAUGCUGAUCAGUGUUUCCGAAAGAAACAGAGAAUAUUAACAUUUAAGAGGCAGAAUCAAUCAAAGUAGUUGGCGAUUAAUUUAAAAGGUAGUAACUGAUGACAAAUCAUUACAACUCUAUUAGAUUGAUUUAUAUUUGUCUGGUUAUUUUCUA